AUGGAACGCUCGGAGGGAGUGACAGGAUCCAAAGAUACGCGCACCGAAAUUUGGGCGGACCUUAAAUUUUGCGGUGGUCUCAGUUUGCUGUCGUUAUCUAUAGCGGCAGCCAGUGCAGCGCCCAUACCUAUACCUACUAGGAAGGAAGAUGUGGCCCAGGCGAAUAUUGACGGAAUGGAAGAUUCUCAGCCCGGUGCAAGCCUCACGAGUAGCAGCGUCGGAGCAAGCGUUGGGCCUCGACUUACGAGUACCGGAGUGGCGGUAUAUAAUGGGCUCAAGCACCGUCGUCUGUCGUCCUCCAGCCAGGUCAAGAAGAGGAUCAGCGACGCCCGAGACGCCGCUACACGUCCUUCGCCGGUCGGGCUUCAGACUGCUGCGGCAGCCCUCACGGCGUUGGCCAAUCUCUCGCUUUCAUCUUCACCCCCGCUCGCUCCUGCGUCCACGGCAAUAUCUACCGUCUCUGCUUCAGCGAGCUUGAGCAUACCGCGAUCACGUCCGAGUGAUACAUCCGCACAGCGCGCUGGGAUGGCGCGAUCGAUAUCUCUGGACGACGAAUACAUAUUUUCUGUGCAUAUUCAGUCACCCGAAUACCUGACCGACGGCGGAGAUCGCAACGGCGCUCAAGAUACCAAGAAUGAUGGUAGCUUGGCCAAAAAUGGUAAGAAGAGGGGAACUAUUUUUACGUGCGAGAGUUGCUCCAAGGUCUAUCGCCAUCCGUCGUGCCUGAUCAAGCAUCGAUGGGAGCACUCUCCGCACUGGCGGGAGGCAUCCAAAUUUUUGUUGAGCAAGCACCAGCAAGUGCAGUUGAUGGAGGCGGCCGCCAUCCUAUCACACAUGUCGCCAUCCGCCUUGGGCGGCUCGUCCCUCCCCGACGACCGCUCGUACUGGCCGUCCUUCCUCUCUGGCGGGCUCCUCCCACCGCCCGCCGUCUCCGCAGAGUCCACACACGCGCUGGCGGUGCCUAGGUCCGCGCCGUUCCCCGCGCCGUACGCCGUGCGCCCGGCGUCGAGUUCGGUCCCGGCGCCCUCAGCGCUGUCGUCGUCGCGCCCCGCCUCGACGCGCCCGCGCCUACACGAGUACCCGAUCCCCGGCGCCGGCGGCGUCACGCACGUCCGCCCGGGCGUGCUCGGCGUGCCCACGGGCUCCGCCGGGGCGCGCGAGGCGAUGAUGGGCGCGGUGCGGACGAUGUCGCCGUAUGCGCACGAGGGCCCGCGCCGCGCGUCUCCCGGCGACGGGUCCGAGCCGUGGGGGUCGCCCGUGUCGCUGCGGCCAGAGAGCGCGCUGUCGUACUCGUACGCGCGCACGGACGGCGGCGCGAGCGCGAGCGCGUGGUCGGUCCCGCGCUCGUCGUUCGUGUCGGUGUCGGUGUCUGCGUCUGCGUCUGCAUCGUCGCGCUCGCGCUCGAUGAGCGUGCCGGGGAGCGACGAGAGCGAGUUUGUGGAGGUUGAGGCGGAGGCGGAGGACGAGUUGCGGGAGCACCAGCCGUACGGGUUUAGCUCGCGCGGACGGGUCAGCGUCAGCCGGUAUGGGCUGGACGAGGACGGGGCGAGCGGGGUUGGCGUUGGGUAUAGUGUGAAGGAAGAAGAAGAAGAGGAGGAGGAGGAGUGGGACGGGAUGGAGAUGGAGAUGGAGUUGUGAGCUCGCGGCAGGCUGGGUGCGCAGAGCGGGCGUCGCGCUCUGCCCCUUGCGGACGUACACACACAUGCGCCGUGCGGGGUCUGGUCUGACAGAUACGCGCGGACGCCCCGCGGAGGCGCAGAUGAGAAGGCAGGCAGGCAGGCAGGCAGGCAGAACAGGGCAGGGCAGGGCAGGGCAGGGCAGGGCAGGGCAGGGCAGGGCAAGCAUUUAUUCCGCGAUUUUCAUACAGGUUGUUUUUGGUUUUUGGUUUCGUUUUCUUUUUGCUUGCUUGCUCGGAUCAAGACAUGUAAGGAUCGGCGGAUCGGCGGCACUGUAGUGGACGGACGGCUCUUUUGUAUGUACUGUAUCGAAAUGGGAAUCGGAUGGUUUAUG